AAUCUUCACAAUUUUGUAAUGGAUGACUUUGCUUUUGGAGGGAAAGUAAAUUCUUGUAAUUUUUUAACUUUUUCCAACUCAAAAAGAUGAGGCUUGACUUUACUAGUUCCACAAGACAAGGCUCCUUGUUUUAAGGAAAAGUGGUUGUUAAGUCAAGGAAGUGAUAUUGGCAAGUCUUUUCACAAACAACUUUACAACCUUGUCUUACAACCCCUUUGGAUCUAUUUUAGUCUUUAUAGUGGUCAAGAUAUGAGAUGAUGAGAAGAUCAAGAUGAACACCACAAUAAUACUUCAAGAACACAACCACAAUUCACCAAAAAUAGCCCACUUUAAAGUCAAGCAACAACACACAAACUCAGUUUACUUCAAGUUCAUUAUACUACCACUUCAAGUCCACAAUAGCAAUGUCAAUAUGUUAAACUCAACUUAGCUUUAGACACCUUUUGUGUUGAUGAGAAAGAAAUCAACACAAGAAACCAACUAGACAAACAAAAUAACAUCUAUAUAUAAACACACAAACACCAAUCUCAGCCAAGACAACAACAGAACACAAUUUUCUCGGCCAAGAACGAGAUGGACAGAUUUCUCUUUUUUUUUCUGGAAUUUUCAGAUUUCAGCAACCUUUUUUUUUUCUUUUUUUCUUUUUUUUGGGUAUGUUUCAACUACCAAACCCAAGAUUGAUUUUGUUGGAAAAAAAUCAACCACAAGCUUUGAUACCAAAUGAUAUAAAACUAAGUGUGUAUCAAGAGAUUCAAGCCAACACAAGAAGCAACAAUAAGAACAACAAAGUACUAGUGAAUCGAAAGAGGCCACACAUGGCUUCACUAGGCUUCAACACUUGUUUUGACUAGAAAAAUGAGUUUACAACAAGAACAAAAAAUGAUAAUUUUGCUAGUGAAUCGAAAGAGCCCCACACGGAUUCACUAGACUUUUAGAUUCAAGAACACAAUGUUAGCAAGAUUACAAAAGGUAUAGAAACUUGACAUAUAAUAUUUAAUAAUCUAAGAACCCUAACAAUGAGAAAGGACCCUAAGACUAAUGAAUAUCAACAACAAAUUCUUACUUGGACCAAGAGGAACUCAAGAACCCCAAGACCCUAGUUUCUAGCCAAGAUCCAACACUGGUAUCACUCUACUAGUGAGCUUUUGAUUUUGGCCUCUCCAAAAUGAGAAAGAGAAGUCACCAAUAUUACAAGUCUUUUGUUUCUUGAAUAAUAGGAAUGAGCUAACUCAAAAAUAACCCUAAUACUAUCUAUUUAUAUUAGUCCACAAAGGGAGAUAACAAAUGACCAUCCUACCCUUGCCAAGGGGUGGCCUUGGAGUGUAAGUUUAUUACACUUCAAGGCUCCUCUUCACACUUAAAAACAUUUAAUCCAUUAGAAGGCUUAAGUACCAACUCACACACGGCCAUUUGCAUGAACAUAGCUUGGAGUUUUUGUAACUCCGGAGCUUGGCUACGUGUGAAUGGUCGUGUACUUGUUGGAUAGCUUGUAGAACUUGUUGGACAGCUUGGUACACCCGUAUCAGUUUUAUACUUCUGCCGCCAAAUGACAAAUGACGCGUUGGUUACUAUUGCAAGGAACCAUCCUAAUAUGAUCCGAUUUCGUUUGUGUAUUAUCGAGCCUCAAACACCUGAUUACUCAACCCUUGAACCACUUGAUACUGGUUUUGGGGCCAUUGUGCAACACUGCAAGGAAUUGCGGCGACUUUCUCUUUCUGGCCCCCUUACAGAUCAUGUGUUUGAGUACAUCGGGGUCCAUGCUAAGACGUUAGAGAUGCUUUCCUUAGCGUUUGCAAGGGAUAGCGAUCUAGGCCUCCAUUAUGUUCUCUAUGGUUGUGAGAGCCUCCGUAAAUUGGAGAUUAAAGACUGCCCCUUUGGCGACGAGGCUCUGUUGGCCAAUGCUGCAAAGCUGGAGACAAUGCGAUCCCUUUGGAUGUCCAACUGUUCUGUAAGUUUUGAAGCAUGUAAGCUGCUAGCUCAGAAGUUGCCAGGGCUUAAUGUUGAAGUUAUAGACGAGAGAGGUCAUCCGGAUACGAGACCACAAAGUUGCCCCGUUGAGAAACUUUACAUAUACAGGACGUGUUAGGAAGGAGGUUCGACACUCCUGGUUUUGUUUGGAUAAUUGCUGAAGGUUCAUCAUCAACUCCAUAUAGCAACGGAAAUUGCUCUCUGGCUUCUUCUUAGAAAUGACUUCAAGUAUUAGUUCCGUGCUAAUCUUUCUACUUGUGUAGUUGCAGUGCCCAGUUGUGGUGGGGUUGAAGCUCGCAAGCCAUCAAUUUUACCCUUUGUUGAGCGACUUCGCAGCAAUUAGUCACAAAUAAUGAGUUUAAACUCUACAUGUUGUGCUGUAUCAGUAAGGAUUACUAUUUUAUUUUUGGGUGGGAGGGGGCAUGUCCAACUGAGUAUCCUAUUUUGUAUGAUUAUGUAGUGACUCGUUCUUCUGGUGAAAUGGUGUUGUAAUGUACUUCUGGUCAUGUAUGGUUGAACUUUAGUUGUAAUUCAUUUGAUGAUUUGUUGUUUAUUUGAGUACUGGAAUUCCAUUUGUUCAACUUUUAGAAGUUAUUUACUUAGAUAAACAAACACUUCUUUUCGUUCAAAGUGGGAUUUUGGUCAAAGUUGAUUGAAUAUUUGAGGAGAUGGUGUCAUGAGUGCUUAAAUGAUUUCAGACACAGUAGGUUUGGACAGUCAAAGGCAAAUAUGCUGUGUAAUCUACGGCUUCAUGUGAAUGUAGUUGCUUUUCUCCAGAUCCUUUAUAUAUAUUAAAGAUGUCGACUAAAUAACUAUAAACCUAUACUUCAAAUCCUGGAUCCAUCUGUGUGAAUGCAAAGAUCAAAAAAGUUGCCAUGCUACUGUACUAUUGUAACAAAAGCAAAAGCAUGAACCAAUUUAUCU